AUGUUUUCUCGAUUUCAAAAGAAUUUCUACACAGCAAGUCAAUUAAAAAUUACAUCAAAUGUAUGCUUUUCGUCAUUGUUAGCACAGCACAUCGAUGUUUUAGCUUCCUACAAUCAAAUGCACAAUGAAGCGAUGGUUAUUUGCAUAUUAAAUGUGAUUGCCGUGAUGUGUGAAAAUAGCAGCAUUUACCGUGCUAAUAAAUUUGCCUUGCCAAUGAACUUUUACAACUUAGUGGUAGCUAGAUCUUCAUAUGGAAAAUCUCCAAUUCUUGAUCUCGUUAGAAAAGCCAUCGAUGUUGUUGUUCAGUAUCGAACAUCAAAAUUCAAGUCAGUCUCAAAGGAUGAACAGGAAUCAGAUCAAGUCGUCUAUUUCGACGAAAACACUCCUGCAGGUUUACUCAGUAGCUUACGUGGCUGCACACGUUUUUUAAUAACUGAUGAGGCUGACGUUGUUUUAAAAAAAAUGGCUUAUACAUUACCACCACCAGGAAUUCGAGAUUGGUCAGUAACAAAUGACUGUCGUAGUCAAUUAUUAACAUUGUUUGACAGACCUAAUAACUUCGUAAGACGGCUUAAACAUGAAAAUGUACAAGGCGCGGUGUCAGGUGAUCUAAUUAUUUCUUCGUUAAUGCGACAAGCUUCCGGCUCGAUGGCCGAUGCUCUAUUUGAACGUACUGUGAUUUGGCCACUUGACGGCGACGUAAUACCAACUGCUUCUUGCAUCACAAGUAUCGACGAAAGCAAGCAUAUGUCAUUUGAGCAAUUUGCUGUCGUCGCUAGCUUCAUUUCAAAUAUUGAUAUAUUUUUUGAUGAAGAUGCCAACCAAAGAAUGAUCUUAUGGUGUGAUGAUCUGAAGAAGAAAAAUCGAAGUAUCUUAACGCUUAUAACUCUGUCUGCAUUUAGUCUUGGCUUUUAUUGA